GUGAGGCGGCGGCGGCGCGAGCGGAGCAGAGCGGGUCGGGGCCGGGCCGGGCCGGGCCAUGAAGCCGCCGGGGCGCAGCGGACGCGGCUCCCUUCCUCCCUGCAUGGCGGGCGGCGGCGGGCGGCGGUGAAGCGGCGCGGCGGGGGGCGCGGGGGCCGGGCAUGGCGGGCGUGAGCUACUCGCCGCCCUGGUGGGUGAGCCUGCUGCACCGCCUGCCGCACUUCAGCCUGCGCUGGGAGCCCACGGCCGCCGACUUCCGCCCGGAGGACGCCGAGUACCAGCAGGCCCUGUUGCUGUUGGGUGGUGUUGCCCUGUCCUGUCUUGCUUUGGAUCUCCUCUUCCUCCUGUUCUACUCAUUCUGGCUGUGCUGCCGCCAUCGGAAAAGUGAAGAGCACUUAAAUGCAGAUUGCUGCUGCACUGCCUGGUGCGUGAUCAUAGCCACCCUAGUGUGCAGUGCUGGCAUUGCUGUUGGCUUCUAUGGAAAUGGGGAAACCAGCGAUGGCAUCCACCGACUUACGUACUCACUAAGACAUGCUAACCGCACUGUGGCCGGUGUUCAGGACCGGGUGCUGGACACGGCAGUGGCCCUGAAUCAAACUGUGGAACCCAAUCUUCUGGUCCUAGAGGAGAUGUUCGCAAAACAAACAGAUUACCUGCAUGUUGUCCAGAAACUCCAGGGCCUCUUAGAUGACCUGGUUAGGCAAACCACUGAGAUCCCAUUCUGGAAAAAUGAAGAAUUGUCAUUAGAGGACCUGGCCACUCAGGUUGAUCUGUAUGACUGGUACAGGUGGCUAGGGUACCUGGGCCUACUUCUGUUCCAUGUCUUGAUCUGUUUGUUGGUGCUCUUUGGGCUCAUUAGGAACUCCAGAGCCAUUCUUAUGGGGGUCUGCUUUCUAGGAGUGUUUGCCCUGAUCGUUAGCUGGGGAUCCUUGGGCUUGGAGCUGGCUGUUGCUGUGGGCUCCAGUGACUUCUGUGUGAAUCCAGAUGUCUAUGUCUCCAAAGUGGUAGAAGAUCAUGCAGUGCUUAGUACUGAUACCCUGCGCUAUUAUAUUGCCUGUAGUGCUGGAUACCCAAAUCCCUUCCAGCAGAAGCUGUCGGGAAGUCAUAAGGCCCUGGUGGAAAUGCAGGAUGAUGUGCUGGAACUCAUGAGGUCAACCAGCAGAGAAUACCCGACCUCCAAGGAGUAUCUCAUCCGCAUCCAGGAGGUCCUAAAUGCCACAGAGAUCAAUUUGCAGCACCUGACUGCACUGGUUGAUUGUCGCAGUCUGCAUCUGGAUUAUGUCCAGGCUCUGACAGGCUUCUGCUACGAUGGAGUGGAGGGGCUCAUCUACCUGGUUCUCUUCUCCUUUGUCACAGCUCUCAUGUUCAGUUCCAUUGUGUGCAGCGUCCCGCACACGUGGCAACAGAAGAGGAGUUUGGAUGAUGACGGGGAGGAAGAGUCUGCUGCUCAAGGGAACAGACAAACCCAUGAUAAUCUGUACAGGGUGCAUAUGCCCAGCCUCUACAGCUGUGGGAGUAGUUAUGGCAGCGAGACCAGCAUCCCAGCAGCAGCUCACACAGUCAGCAAUGCUCCUGUCACAGAGUACAUGAGCCAGAAUGCAAACUUCCAGAACCCCCGUUGUGAGAACACCCCUCUGAUUGGCCGGGAGUCCCCACCUCCCUCAUUGUAUUUGGCUGCCAUGGACAGUAGCAGCCAUAUGAGCUGGCAGUUUAAGCCCUCGGACAGUGCACGGACGUACUGGUAACAGCGCCCACAAAUGGAACAGUACACCUCCAGCAUGAGAGCCAAAUACCUCGCCACCAACCAACCUCGCCCAGACUCUGGCAGUGUGCAUUAAAAAUAACACACAGUAAAACUAAACAGAUGUGCCAACUGCUGUGCCCCCCACCUGUGCUGUCCUCAACCCUGCUGUCCUGCCCCAAACCCAGCGCAGAUCCUCCUCCUCCUCCUCCUCCUCCUCUUGCUUCUCCAGUACAAAUCACCCCUCCAACCUGGUACCUGUCUAUUGGAAAUCUGAAUGGAAGCCCCUUCCAAAUUAAACCUACACCUAGCUGUACCUGGUAGGGGAAGGAAGAGAGAGAGAAUGAGCAUACACAUGCAAGCAUCUGAAAAAAAGAUCACCAGCUCAUCUAGGUUUGCUGUGUUCGGGGCCAGCUCUAUCAAUAGCCUAUCGGGAAAUGUUUGCAAACACCUCUGUUUCUGACCUUCCCCCAUCUCCCUCCCUCCCCCCCCACUCUCCAGAGGGACUGGAUGAAAAAAGAUUUCUAUCUUCAGCUUGGUGAGGGGAUCAGGAAAUCUGCUCAGCCUGCAGCGUGCUGAAGAAGGAAAUGGUCCUUGCACAUGGCUGUCAUGGGCAGAGAAGGAAAGCCAUGCCCAUGGGCCACCUCUUCGAUGCCUGUGCAGCCGGUGUUUCUGCAGAAGUCGUCUUGCCUCUUGUCCCCUGUGGAAAUCGCCUUCUAGUGCACUGAAUAUCUGCUUUACUUGGGAGCUCUACCUUGGCUUUAUUUAGAACAAACAGAGCCACUGUGUCUCUGGAGAUGUUGGUCAGCUCAAUUCCUCUUUCUUUCCCCUUUCUAUUCAGCUUUUGAAUUCUCGAGGAGGAACAGGGUGUUCCCAGCACCAGCCAGCUGCCCUGGAUGUGUCCCUGCCUGGCCAUAACUCUGCACCUGACCUUUCUGCUCCAUCAGGGAAGCCCAUGUCUUCGCAGAUGGCAUUCUGGGCACUGCCUUUGUGAGAUCGGCACACCGAGAUCAAAUGAGCCAGCAACCAACCCACUUGGUGCCAAAUUUUUCCAGGAAAAGACUUUGUAAGGGUGUAAAGGUUUCUUUUUUUUUUUCUUUGUGUUUGUUGUUUUUUUGCACUAACUAGUUUCCGCUCUCUAGGGCAGUAGCCUGGCACUUGGUUUUGUGGGACAGUCAACUUGCAAAGGCAAAAGAGACUAAAUGCCAGUGGAUUUAUAACAAAUGCAAGAACUCCGAGGGCGUGGCCCGUCAGAUUGCUGGACUCUUCUUAAGAGUUGGGGUGGUGUGUUGCAUAGAAAUAUGGAGUCUCAGAGCAUUGGCUGUAGUGGGAAUCCCUGGGGCGCACACCCCAAACACCUCAAAAGAUUGGUAAUUUCACCACCACCUUUCGUCGCCAGGAUCGUAAAUCAAAGCGAAGUCUUAAAACUAUUGUGAAUGUCAGAACGAGGUUUUUUUUUAUUGUAUUUUUAUUCCUCCUCACGUUGCUAACCACUAACGUCAGGCACAUGCAUACAGACUCCCAGAGCCUCCUCGGCAUGAAACACAGGUGUGGUAGGUGGAGGGUGGGGGACAGUUUGGUGCCGGGAGAGGGGGAAGGCAUCACACAUCAAUUUCGCACUUUCCAUUGAAGAAUGGUGCUCUACAGGGCAGAGACCACUUCAUAUUAGAGAAGAACCCACCCUGCAGCGAUGAUGCAAGUAGUGUGUAGUGUUCAUUCUCAAGUAAGUAAAAGACACCUUUUAUUUUACCGUUCUAUACAAGCCAUUUUGACCCAGUCGUAUGGGUUGAUGUCAAGCCAGUGACAGGAGGAGUCAAAGUAAGCAUUGGGGUUGGGACACUGGACAAGAUGGCUCAAACCUUGCUCUGUGAUGUCCAGACUGCAUCAGAGGAAGAGGAUCCGUUUCUCACCUUUCUGUUCUUUCAGCCUAGAGUGUACAUUUACAUGGGCCCUUCAGCCUACCACUGCCUCUCCUCGGGCCAAUGUCAUUGGAUUCCCUCAGACUUGUAACCAGAUCUGUGCACCGUGCCCCCAUGCUUCGACUAGGUCAUGAGUUAUCUUAUCAUCGCUCUGUGGAUUGUUGCAUAUUCCACUGCUCAUUAACCAGGGUGCUAACACUUCCCUUAGCAAGUUGCCUAUUUGGAGGGAAGGGUGUCGGGGAGGGGUGAGUCCUGAGAUGCCUUUAAGAAACUGGUAGCUAGCAAGUUCUGGGUAACCUUCAGACCCUUAGAGAAACAGGGUGAAGGAAAGGAAACAGCACACAGCCCAGUUCUCUGAGAAGGAAAGGCUUUGAGGAAAAUGCUGCCAUGCUCUACUCCCCUUCUCUUAGUCUGAUGGGAAAGCUGAGCACAUCUGUGUGUGUGUGUACAGACCAGUUAGCCGAUCAGCCUCUGGCUGGCCACCUGGAUACUUACAGUAUGGCAGUGGGUGUAACCAACUGGGAAAAUCAAAACUGUAUUGUCAGUAUUUCAAAGCCCCAUGGUUUCCCCCUUAGUAAGCACAUCAAAUCCUUUCCCAGGUCAUCUCAGCCAGCUAGGGUCUGCAGGCUCCAAAAUACCACUUACAGUUGUAGUUUUAGAGAGGUGUUGUCAUUAAAUUUGCUGCCUGCCUCUUGGUACCGUGGCCCCGGUCCUCGGAGGCAAAUGCUUCUUGGAGGAGAAGGCAGCAGAAGGAGGGAACCUUUCAUCAAACAGGUGCUUUCAUGGGCUGACUUUGCUGUAUGAAGGAUGCAGCAUCACUCUUCGUGUGUCCCAUGGGGCCAUGGAUGGAGGUGGGAUGUGGAAUGCCUCUGUUCCUACUGUCCAUGUUAGUAAGGAGAAAAAAGCUAGUACCUUUCAGGGCAGCAUCCAGGUCAGAAAUGGUGUCAGCUUGCUUUCAUCCAAGGCUUGGCUUAACUACGUGCAUUGUUUACAGCACAGUUUACAACGGUGAUGGGGGUUCAGAGUUUUGUAGCAAGGUGCAAGUUGACUUGCAUGCUACUUGACUGUAGUGUGCAGUGAGAGGGUAAUACCGUGGAGAUAACCCCUCCCCCGCCACCUCCCUCAACCCCACAUCCCCGAGAAGGCCAGAGAAGCAAGGUUGUGGGGUGAGCUGUGGUGCUCCGUAUUCCAGCCAGGACUUCCUUUACUUGACACAGAUUUUGCACUUUUGUAAAGACCGUGGAGCCCUGCUCUCCUGCAGCAUGCGAUACAGGAGCCUGCAUAUGUUACCACAACUUUUUUUUUACUGGAUCCUUGGGCCACACUGCAGAAUUCCUCGGGGCAAGUCCAAAUGGGUCUGCUUCAGAGCCAGUAGUGUGUUGAUUCACCCAGGUGUAAAAUGAAUGGCAGAGCCUAAGUGGCCAAUCUGGUGUAGUCUGUACAUACCCUGAACUGAUGCUAUCGCAGCAUGUCUGUGGCGUGGCCCUUUCCCAGCAGAAGAUCUCCCAGCCUGACUCCCCCUCUAGGGUGAACGGCAGAUGCUGACUGGCACAGAGUAACAUGUUCAAUAGCAUUACUGAUAACCAGAAUCCAAGCUCUCGGACGUGUAGUGAGUAAAGCUGCAGAGAUUUUUUUUUUUUUUUUUUUUUUUUUCCCUCUUCCAUAACUUGUAUCUGUUUUUUAAUGUGAUGAAAUAUCAAUGCCAUAUCACUUGGGAUGGGCUGCAUCCCAACUUGACUUGUUGACAGCGUAUCAUCUCGGAACCUGAGCCAUGGUACUGAUUGCUAGUACAAGGCUCCAACCAUCAGGGGAGAUAACUCUGACCUCUGGGAACCUCACUAACAGCAAAAUGGAAGGCAGCUUCUCUCUGUUCAAAGGCGACUGCAACAGUGAAGACUGUUCGUAUUCUUUUUUUUUUUUUUUUAAGAAGCACAAACACGGCCAUCAGCUUGACCGGUUGGUUUGGUUGCUUUCCAUCACAUAGCCACGUGCAGUUUUAAUUUGGAAGUGAACUCUUUCAAGCACACAAGCAUCUCCAAAAUGUGAAAUGUAAAUAGCAUGUUGGACUCUUAUGUCCAGUGUUCAAGACUGCAUUGUAAUUGUAAAGGAAUUUUGAAUCAAGACUUGGCUGUGAAUUUCUUGUGCUGUCUUGGGAAUAAUAACUGUAGUGUUUGUAUCCUGUAUGUAAUAUUAACUGAGUUCAUUUUACUUGCUGAUAAAAGGGUUCAAGUGGAGUUUUUAGCAUCUAUCCAUCUCUCCAAUAACCGGAGGGAUCAGGGGCUACUUUUCUUCAGGCACCCCUGUUUAAUUUCUCUCCACGGAAAGGUAUUAAUUAUUUAAGCAUAGCCAGCUCGGCUCAGACAAAGGGAUGCUUUGGAGCUGGACAUUCUUACAGGGGGAGUUUUUAUUAUUAUGAUUAUUAUUGAUAUUAAAUGAUCCCAGAUCAGGAUUCCCAUAGAAGUUUCCCAUAACAUUUGAGUGUUCACAUGGAACAUUCAGGCUUUCCCCGGGAAAACUGUUUCCUAUGGCCUGGCUUGGUACCCUUGUAUUUGUUCUUGGCACUGCAGUUUGGGUUGCAGAUGGAACCACUUGGACGCUAUUUGGAUGAGCACUGUACAAAUGACUACAGACCAGUGGUGCUCAACCUACAGCCUGUUGGCCCUUUCUAGCCCCAAAAGGGGCCAUAUUUAGCCCACAACAUGGGGGAUUAACAGUAAGCAGUUUGGCCCAGUACAUCCCCUUCCCUAUCAUGCUGUCCCACUGAUUUCCCUCAGCAGUCUGGAGAUAAGCUGACUUCCUCCCUCCCCCUACACGGGCAGCCAUCUCCCCUACUGAAGGGUAGCGGUGGUCUGUGGUGCGGCCAGCCCACAAGCACCUGGACGGAUGCUGGUAUAGAUGGUAGCCCACUGACUUCAGGUCCUGGUUUCUCAGUGAUGGGAGAAACUUGAGGUUGAUGCUGAUGCAGCACAUUUUGGAGGAGAGAGACAUCUGUGUUGCUGACUGCAGCCCCCUCCAUGUGAUUUAGGUGUAGAUGAGUUCCUGUCUUCUGAGAAUAGCCAGCGCAGAGGAAGAGGAGAGAUCUUGCUGGUGCUGAAAGGACAGAGUGGAGUCUGCAGACACUGUCUUGAUGGCCUUUCCUUUUCAUGCAUUGCAAGCCCCUUAAUUACCAGGCAGGGGCAUGAGCAGAUAGCGGUGGAGACUAUAACGUUAGAAGGAAUUUCUAAACCCUUGUUAAAAGCUCUGGCGUGUCCUCAUCUAGGAGCUGCUGCUGCUCCUGUUCCUCCUCCCUAGAGCCAAAAAUCAAAAAGGAGCAGAGGUAGGAGAUUGCCCAAGCUAUGGGAUGCACUUUCUUUUAGCCCCUUUCCCAUGUGCUUUCAGUGGAGCAUGGGAGACAGUAGCACUGCAAGAUCUUGCUUCGCUUUGGGUUCAGCCUCUUGCAUGAAGCAGUGAGUAAGAAGAUGGAGCGUUCCAGCUCUUGGCUCACACCAAAGGGUGGAGAGAGGUUAUGUCCUCCCAUGGUCAGGCAGUCUCUAGCAUCCCUCAGAGAAAUUGAGACACCCUGUCCCUCCCCCCAGCAAAUAUCUAGGAGAAUGAACUCCACUAUCUACUGGUCAGGACUUGGUGGGGUAGGGACCUUUACUUCCAUGCACUCAAGAUGUCUUUUCUUACAACUCAUUCUCCCCGUCUUUGGUGUUGAAGUUGCAGAUAAAUGAUGGAUGGUCUUUGGUAGGGUCAGCAGGAGCAGUCAAAGCCCUGGAUGCUUGUAGCAACAUUAGGCUGAGUGGGCUGCUCUUCUACUGCAGAGUGGAGUCUCCUCCUGUCUCCGUUGCAGGCAUGUUGCCCAAACAUGAGUGGAAAGGGAGAGGGAACGCGGUCCAGAGGUUAAAAGACAGCCUGGGAGCUGGGGAUGUUCAGCUGUACUUGACUGGGCAAAUUGCUGAGCUUCUCCAGGCCUCAGGGCUGUCGGUGAGAUGGCGCAGCGCCUGCCUGUGUCCAUGCUUUUCCGCCUGUAUGGCCAGGGGUAUUUAUUUUAUUUUGCGUUCUCUCCAACUGUGCCCAUGGGUCUGAGCACAUGAACAAAACGAAACGUCAAAGAAGAAGCACUUGCAGAAGUGCCAAGUAUUCCUUACUGCAGAGAAGUAAUUCUCCCAUCAGGGUCCUUUGAGGUGCUCUGUGUAUUUGAUACCACAUUUCUCCUCACUAUGCAAUUCCAUACUCCUCUCCCCUGUUCCCAGACAGAGUCUAAUGAGCCGACUUCUCCAGGGGCCCGGCAUCCGAAGGCUGCUGAAUUUGCAGAAAGACCCUGUUGACUUUCAGCGGCCUUAGGAACAGACCCCAGGUUCAUCGCACGCCUUGGGUCCCGUGUUAGCUAGCGUGAGCCUUGAGGCCCCUGCAGGUUUAAUUAACUGUCACUUGUUAAGAGGGAAGUUCCUUAAUUUCAGUUUUUCCUUUGACACUGUGUGCACGGAAACUUACCGGUGAACAUGUAACUGGCCUUUUUGUAAUUCUUUCUGGUUUUGUUCUUAACCAUAAUGGUUGUAUAUCAUACCACUUUAUAUACAUAUAUAUAAUAUAUAAAUAUAUAUAAUUUUUUUUAAAACCUUUGAAUCUGCUAGUUCCUCUUCAGAUGUUCCUGCACUUACCCAAAAUGUUUUUAAAUUGUGAGGGUUAAACUGAGGAUUGAGCCCCUUUUUGUAUCUUUUUUCCUUUUACUUCAGUAGUUCUAUUGAUUGUAUCGUAGCUAUUUUUUACUGUAACUUUUUUUUUGUUUUGCAAAUACUAAAAAAAACAAACAAAACUGAAACAAAAAAAACCUAAAUGUAAUUUCUGUGGUUUCUAUUCAGCUUGGGUUUCAUGUUUUAAAAUAAACAGUUAAAAACAAACCUA